AAAAACGAGGGGGAGGAAGGAGAGACUAAGGAAGGGAGGAAAGGUAAGGAGGGAGGGAGGGAGGGAGCGAAGGAAAGCUUGGUUGGCCAUCAGCGGGCCAGUGUGUUGGGCAGAGCGUCGUCGAACACUUCUUUCCCGCCUCACCACCACCAUCACCACCAUCACAAACAACAACAACAACAACUACCACUGUGCCACCACCAUCGCUACCACUGCUAAACGACCUACUACGACAGCCCACGCCAGAUUCCCACGCCAAGUUCUUCCUUUCCCGUCCUCUUCGUCGUCUUUACCGCGCCCGCCACCGCACCACGACUCAUCCCUCGCCUCCUCCUCCGUGCAGCUGUAUUAUACCUUCCUCCAGUCAGUCACCGAGCCACCACCACCAUGCUGCCGGCGCCUCCACACCUCCCGCUGCAGCCACGACCACCAGCAGGCACGAUGACCCACCCCUACUGAGGCCUUCGUCGCUCCCCCGCCCCGCCGCCUACGACCUCUCAAGAACGACCGUUGUGCGACAUGAAGACAGGCUGGAAGGGACGAGUCAUCACCGCGGAGGAAGACCAUGUUUACGUAGCACCUUCAGGAAGCGAAAGGGGCGGCGGCAAGCGGAGGGCGGCGGUUUGGGCAGCGGAAGAAGAAGUCGAGGAAAGAGUUCUGCGAGUGUGUGCCAGAAGGGGCUGGAGACAAAGCCCGUUGAAGCCUUGCCCGUGAGCCUCUCCUAUGCAAACUCUCGGCCUAAAACCCCCUCUAGUAGUAUGCAAAGACCGCUUCGUGUUAUAAGCCUGGUGUGGGCGUGGGUGUGGGCGUGGUGUGGGGUGCCUGGGUGUGUGUGGGGGGCCGCCGCCAUCCCGCCCGGCCUGACCACGGAGGCUCAUAUCUUCACGGGCCCCACCACCGCUCCACCCACGCCGCCCCCGCCCCCCGAGAACUUUACCGUCACGUACAAGGAUGUGUUCGCCUCCUUCGUGCACCUCACCGUCAGCUUCAACGCCACCCUCAACCUUACCCGAGUGACGAUGAUCUACCAGGACCCGACGGACUCCAGCUUUCACUCCAUCACCCUCAAGACCGUGGCGGAGGGCGGAGACUUCGACCCCGCCUCCCUCUAUGACCCCAACACGAACCGCCUCGGCUUCAAGUUCCGCCUGGGGGGCCUGUACCGGCUGCAGCGCUACGUGAUCAAGGCGGUGGGCUGGCGGGGCAGCACGCGCCUGGUCGUCACCACCUUCACCUUCCUCACGGGCGAGGACGACGGCGAGGACAAGCUGUACAACUUGCAAGGCAUCUUCUUGGUGCUGGGCAUAUCGACGAUCAUCAUGGUGGUGGUGAUGGUGUGCGUCGGCUACGAGAAACUCAUUCACGAGAAGAAGGACGAGUGUUGCCGCGUGCUAUGUUGCCGCGCCAGGAGUAAGAAGCCUCCCCCGAAGUCCUCGAUUUCCCCGGAGCCUCUAGUGGUGAGGGACAACAGAGGUGACCUUGUGGACAACUCUAACCCGAGGUAUUGAUAGGUCCUCCCCCUUCCUCCUUCCUCUCCUCCUCCUCUUCCCCAUGGCCACCACAUAUCUCUCACCUAAAGAUUUACUCCUCAAGCCUUUCUGUUACCUCCACCACUACUCACCUUUCUCCUUGACUCCUUAGUCCUCCUCUAUUCUACCCACCAUACACACACCGUCCUCCCAUUGCCCCUUCACUUUCCCAUCUCAUUCUUUCUUUCCUUUUUACCAUAAACCCUUCAACCCCACUCUCCUCUCUGCCUUUUAACACUCAUUUAUCUUCCACUCAAUAAGAUUUUUUUUUUCUAGCCCACCCUCCCUUACCUUUCACUUCUCCCAUACCACUAAACCCCCUUUCUCCACGAUACUCCUCCCACUAAUUUCUCUCCCACCCACUCUCCUCUCUGCCUUCCUGACACUAAUUUCUCUCCCACCCGCUCUCCUCUCUGCCUCCCGCCACUAUUUUCUCUCCCACCCACUCUCCUCUCUGCCUUCCUGCCACUAUUUUCUCUCCCACCUACUCUCCUCUCUGCCUUCCUGCCACUAUUUUCUCUCCCACCCACUCUCCUCUCUGCCUUCCUGACAUUAAUUUAUCUCCCACCCACUCUCCUCUCUGCCUUCCUGACACUAAUUUAUCUCCCACCUACUCU